AUGGAUCCUGAAGGAUAUAUCAACCUUGGCGAUACCUCUCAAUCUGAAGGUAAUUUCAAACAAGCAAUCGGGUUUUAUCAGCGUGCACUUUCUACCGCAAAAGAGAUUGGAGACAAACAGUCAGAAGAGAUUGCUUAUCACUACCUUGGCAACGCCUAUCAUUCUCUCAAUGACUUCAAAAAAGAAAUCGAAAACCAUCAGCAGGCUCUCGUCAUCGCGAAAGAGAUUCAAGAUAAAAGCCUUGAAGGAGUUGUUUAUUACACUCUUGGCAAUGCUUAUCACCUUCUCAGUGAUUUUAAAACAGCAAUCGUGUUCCAUCACCAGGCUCUUGGCAUCGCAGAAGAAAUUGAAGUCAAACAAUUAGAAGGAGGUGCAUGCAUCAGCCUUUUCAAUGCCUAUCGUUCUUCAGGUGAUCUAAAAACGGCAAUCAAGUUCUAUCAGCUGGCCCUACGCAUCGCCGAAAGGAAAGGCAUCAAGGAUUUCGAAGGAAAGGCAUAUGUCAAUCCUGAGAGUGAACAUCUCUGUCUUGAAGAUGUCGAGAAAGCCGUAGCCUUCCAUAAACUGGGCCUUACUACUGCAAAAGAGAUUGGAGACAAAGAUUCAGAAGCAAAGGCACAUAACAACCUUGGUCUUGGAUAUCACUCUCUCGGUGAAUUCAAUAACUCAAUCGAGUUUUAUGAGCAAGCUUUAAGUAUUGCUAAAGAGAUUGGAAACAAAGAUCUAGAAGGAAGUAUAUACUCUAACCUUGGCAUGACUCAUAAGUACCUCGGAAAUUUCAAGAAAACAAUUGAGCUCAACGAACAAGCUCUUGGUAUUGCUGAAGAAAUUGGAGACAAAGAUUCAGAGGGAAGGGCGCAUAUCAAUGUUGGCAGUGCCUAUCGCUCUCUCGGCGAUCUGAAAAAGGCGAUCAAGUUUCUUCAGCUGGGUCUUAGUAUCGCAAGAGAGGCUGGCAACAAAGAAUCAGAAGGAACUGCAUAUAACAACCUUGGUAAUGCACAUCUCUCUCUCGGUGAUUUAGAAAGCGCAAUCGAGUAUUUUAAACAAGCUCGCAGUAUCGCAACAACGAUUGGUCACAAAGAGAUAGAAGGAAAGGCGCAUAACAACCUUGGUAGUGCGUAUCACUUUGUCGGUAAUUUUACCAAGGCAAUCGAGUGCAGUCAGCAAGCUCUUAGUAUCUCUAAAAAGAUUGGAAAAAAAGAUGCAGAAGCAAAUGCAUAUAAUAACCUUGCCAAUGCCUAUCACUGUCUCGGUAAAUUCGAAUACGCAAUCGAGUAUUAUCAGCAAUUUAGUGAUAUGGCAAAAGAGAUUGGAGACCAUGAUUCAGAAGGAAAUGCGUAUAAUAACCUUGGUAAUGCCUAUCACAAUCUCGGUGAUUUUAAAAAGGCAAUUGACUUCCACCAACAAAGUCUUAAGAUCGCACAAGGUAUUGGAAAAAGAGAUUUAGAAGGAAUUGUACAUAACAACCUUGGAAACGCCUAUCAGUGUCUUGGUGAUUCACAAGAGGUAAUUAGGUGUUAUAAGCGAGCUAAAAGUAUCGCCAAGAAGACUGGAAACAGAGUUUCAGAAGGAUGUGCAACUGGGAAUCUUGGGUAUGUUUAUUACUCUCGCGGUGAUUUGGAAAACGCCAUGGAGUUUUACCAAGAAGCUCUUAGUAUCCUGAAAGAGAUUGGACACAAAGAUUCAGUAGGAGUUGUGUACAACAACCUUGGUCUUGCGCAUCAGUACCUCGGUGACAAUAAAGAAGCAAUGGUGUUCCACCAGAAAGCUCUUACUAUCGCAAAAGAGACUGGAAAAAAAGAUUCAGAAGGAGAAGCAUAUAAAAGCCUUGGAAAUGCCUAUCACUUUCUUCAUGAUUUCGAAAGAGCAAUCGAGUUCCACCAGGAAGCUGUUAGUAUCGCAAAACGGACCGGAAAAAAGGAUUCCGAAAAAGAAAUGAUGAGAAUCUGGGUAUUGCCUUUCAGUCUCUCGGUGACUUUUCUAGAGCUGAGGAAUUUUUCAAACGCAGUAUAAAACUAUUCGAGGAAAUAAGACUUCUUCUCCAAGAGAAAGACGAAUGGAAAAUCAGCUUUCGGAAUCAAUUUGAGGUGUACAAUAUUUUGUGCAGUCUUCAAAUACAACAAGGCAAGACAACCGAGGCGCUUUCCACAGCUGAGUGGGGGCGAGCGCAAGCCCUCGCGGACCUCAUGGAAUCGCAAUAUGGGGUAAAUUCAACUCUGUCAGUUUCAGAAGAGCAGAGGGAACAAAUGUCAAGCAUUUCAAGCCAUAGUUUAUCACCUACGGUAUUCCUCUGGGAAGUCUCCGAAUCAGUGAAUUUCUGGGUACUACUGAAGGGGCAGCAGUGCCAGUUUGCGAGAAAUAAAUUCAAUGACAACUUGGCAUCUUUGACGCACAUGAUGUACAAACAAAUUGGUGUUUUCAAACCUGUCAUGUGCGAAGACUGCUCCAUGGAUGAUCCUGCAGAUGAAGGACGCCAAGAAUUAUCUCAUUGUAGGGGUCCAGAUGAGAAAACGGAUACACAUGAUACACAGGAUGAGGGAUCUGUUUCAAAAACAUUAUAUGACGUGAUUAUUGCUCCCAUUUUACACUUGAUAAAAGGAAAUGAGCUUAUCAUUGUUCCUGAUAGUUCAUCGUUCUUGAUUCCUUAUGCUGCCCUAAUGGAUCAACAUUCCAGUUAUUUGUCUGAAACGCUAAGAAUUCGAUUGGCUCCAUCACUAACCAGCUUAAGGCUGCUAGCAGGGUGUCGGAGGGGUACCAUAGUUCGUCCGGUGCUCUUCUUGUCGGUAAUCCGUGGGUGGAAACUGUACGCAUCAAAGGCAAAAAAAUCCGGCAACUUCCGAGUUCCGAGGAGGAAGUACAAAUGAUUGAGAAGAUGCUGAAUAUUGAGCCUCUCACUGGAAAAAACGCUACAAAAGACCAAGUGUUAAGCAUUGUUCACUCAGUUUCCUUAGUACACAUUGCAGCUCAUGGUCGAGCAGAAACUGGUGAAAUUCUUUUGUCUCCUAAUCUUGCUAGUUCAGAAACGCCCAAAGAAAAAGACUUCCUUCUGACGAUGGCCGACGUGUUGAGUAAAAAGUUGCAGGCCAAGCUUGUUGUCUUGAGCUGCUGUCACAGUGGGCGAGGGAAGAUCAAAUCCGAAGGUGUGGUUGGAAUUGCACGUGCCUUCUUAGGAGCCGGUGCACGUUCUGUUAUUGCGUCACUGUGGGCGAUUGAGGACAAAGCAACUAUGGAGUUUAUGACAAACUUUUACAAACAUUUCAUGGCAGGGCAAAGCGCAAGUGAGCUUCUCAAUCUGACCUUGAAACAAAUGCGGAAGUCUGACGAGUUCUGUGCUGUAAAGCAGUGGGCACCAUUUGUGCUGAUUGGCGAUGAUGUGACAUUGAAUUGUAGCCAAUGAAGGUAAGGUUCUCACUAUAACUAAGUUUUAUUGUCAUAUUUAACCCUUUACUUUCUUAAAUCCAAUUUAGAUACCGUAAAUCCUCUAUUAAGCCCCCCGGAGGGCUUAUUUUUUUCAAGCACUUUUGAGGGGGGGCUUAAUAGAGAGGGGGGGCUUAAAAGAGAGGGGGGCUUAUUUAAUUUAGCGAAACGCAUCACCUGUAGCAAAAAUACCGUGGUAUGAGACAGAGUGGACUUACGCAUUGUACAAUUAAAGUCACCGUCAAAAGUAUUUAAUUCACUUGUGAGAGCCUAAAAGUAACAAAAACAAAUUCUUAUUCUUCAAAAAUGUGCCUUCGACUUCAUGUUCUUCGGUAAUUUUUAUGAAUAAACCAUAACUGAUCAGUCCACGUUAAUCGUUAUUUUUUUUGUGAAGAAUAAGGAUUGGACUGAGGAGGGGGAGGGGGGGACUUAAUAGAGAGGGGGGCUUAUUAACUUUCCUCCUCUGAAAAGGGGGGGGCUUAUUAGAGAGGGGGGGCUUAAUAGAGGAUUUACGGUACUGACAGGAAACCAAACCGAUACUAACUUCGGUGAAUUACUGAAGCGAAGCGUUCUUUGAUUAGUAGGAAUUUGGAGCGCAACCUUGUCAGGUUCUCCUCUGUUUUCGAUUUUCUACGUUGUCGUACGUUAUGUGGCUGCGGAAGGCCAGUACUAAUUGUCACGUUUUGGCANGCUUAAUAGAGGAUUUACGGUACUGACAGGAAACCAAACCGAUACUAACUUCGGUGAAUUACUGAAGCGAAGCGUUCUUUGAUUAGUAGGAAUUUGGAGCGCAACCUUGUCAGGUUCUCCUCUGUUUUCGAUUUUCUACGUUGUCGUACGUUAUGUGGCUGCGGAAGGCCAGUACUAAUUGUCACGUUUUGGCAGAAAUGAUUAGCAAGUUUGAAAUGCAAGCGACCUGCUAAUGACAAAAACGUUGAGGAGGAAGCUAAGGAUUAGACAGUUAGAUAGUGCGAGGCCUUCUAUGCGGGAGGUACAGAGUUCGAUUCCCGAGGUAUGACUACAAAUCCUUUUCGUGUAGCUUUUAUUAGCUUUAAAUAUCCUUCAAGACCUCAUAAAUAAUUCAUAAAGAGAAAAACAAAAGAAAUUAAUGUUUUAUGAGUGUCUUUAUAUCUGAUAAAGACACGGCUAAACUUUACGUCCAAUUUUUUGGACCAAAAUAACCCCAAAUCUUGAUACUAGUGCAAGAGUGAGUUGAUCUUAUAUCGGAGAUUUUGAAGCCGUUCAAAAACCUCGCAGUCGUGUAUUACCAGGUUUAAAAACUCUCGGUUUCGCCUCGACCUUUUUUAACCUGAUAAUACACUCCUGCUGCGAAUUUUAAACAGUACGUAAAACAGAACACUGAUGGAGAGAUGGGGGAGGGUAAAAUAAGCAGACCGUCGACCUUAGGUUUGUUAGUUAGAUGACUAUUUCGAGCUACAGAUGUAAAAUAAGGACUUUUUUUACCUUAACCUUUUAAUCAAAGGUUCGUCCCAGCCAGUCUCUCCACACUUCAACUGUUCCUAAUCAUUCCUGAUUCCCUAUUUUCUACAUGCUGAAUGAUUACCAUGACUUUUCUUUAACUUAUUUUCACUCAGCUAAAGGUCACUGGCACCCUGUUCGUGUGUUCACGCAUCGCAAAGCUUCAGUCAAGAAGAUUCUAAUUGCUUCUGGAGCAUAAGUUCCAGAGCAAGAACAAAGGAUGACCAUAGAAAGGUCCAGCAUUCCGUUUGUGACUACUUAUUAAACCUGGCAACUGAAUUGCUGCCAGAUUGUAGCGUAUCCAGCAAGGAGUGCUAGCCAUUGGCGGCGUUUUCAAGUAUUAACGCAAGUUAACUUAGUCUCGGAAGAGAACAGUAAACUCUAUUCACGGGCAGAACGUUCAUUAUUGAUCGACUAAUUAAUUUCAGCAUAGUUAGUGGGGG